GCGCCGCCAUUUUGUGAGUCUAUAUAACACGUAGCCGUUGAGCCCGCUCCUGCUAUUCCAGCGCGUCCAGCUCCGCUUCCCUUUCGGGUCGCCUUCGUGUGCCAUGGACGGGUGAGCGGAAGGGAAGGGGGCGGUUUGUGAGGGAAAAUCACCUCAGGGAAAGAGAGAAGGGGGGAGGGGCGGUUGAAAAGGGGGCGAAAGCCAAGCGCGGAGCUCGAACCCGGUUCCGUGAGGGGGCGAAAACUAGGCCUCGCUUCCCCAGCCCUAAAAGUUGAGGCGAAUGCCUUUUCUGAGGUAGAAAGUGAAAUAUAUGAGGGGGCGGGGAGGGGGAGAGAAGGGGAGCGGGCACGCGCACGCGCGCCACCGUCCCCCCUCCUCUUUUGAAAGUUCCGUAUGCGCGCGCAUAUGCACUCCCCCCCCGCCCCCCGCGAAAGUUCUAACCGGCGCGCGCGCGCCCCCGCAACCGCGUUCCCGAUCUGUGAACGUUCUGAAGCGGCGAGGGGGGCGAGCGCGCUCCCGCGGCAACGUUCGGUGCGCGCGCGCGCGGCCCGCAACUCAACGUUCUAAAGUUCUUCUCUGCUCCUCCGAAUAAAGUGGGGGGGGGGCGGCGGCGGCGGAAGAAGGCGCAUGCGCUUCAGCGCCCACCUAACCAGCUCCGUGGAUGCUCGAUCCCGUCUGUGUUUCAAACCCACCCGUGAAACUUUGUUCCCAAGUGUCUUGUGUCUGCUGCCUCGAGCUAAGUCGCCUCUUAGCCACGCCCUCUUUUUUUCUUUCUCUUUCCUUCCUCUUUCUUACUCUGCCCCCCCCCAGACUUUUUUUUGGGGGGGGGGUUAUAUGUGCAUCCCCUCCAACGUUUCUCCCCUGAAAAUAGGGACGUCCUAUUCCAUCCCCUCCAAUGUUUCUCCUGUGAAAAUAGGGACGUCCUAUUCCAUCCCCUCCAACAUUUCUCCCCUGAAAAUAGGGGCGUCCUAUUCCAUCCCCUCCAACGUUUCUCCCCUGAAAAUAGGGACGUCCUAUUCCAUCCCCUCCAACAUUUCUCCCCUGAAAAUAGGGGCGUCCUAUUCCAUCCCCUCCAACGUUUCACCCAGAAAAUAGGGGCGUCCUAUUCCAUCCCUCCAACGUUUCUCCCUGAAAAUAGGGACGUCCUAUUCCAUCCCUCCAACGUUUCUCUCCUGAAAAUAGGGACGUCCUAUUCCAUCCCCUCCAACGUUUCUCCCCUGAAAAUAGGGACGUCCUAUUCCAUCCCCUCCAACGUUUCUCACCUGAAAAUAGGGACGUCCUAUUCCAUCCCCUCCAACGUUUCUCCCCUGAAAAUAGGGACGUCCUAUUCCAUCCCCUCCAACGUUUCUCCCCUGAAAAUAGGGGCGUCCUAUUCCAUCCCCUCCAACGUUUCUCCCCUGAAAAUAGGGGCGUCCUAAGGAACAGCGGUACAUUCCAUAAUUUCAUCAGAAACCGGGAGGGCUUCUAUGAAUACAGUAGUGUCCCUGGAAAAUAGGGGCACUUGUAGGGUCUGCUUAUGCCUCUUAAAGAUGCAAGGACCCUUAACUAGGGGGUAUGUCCCACUGAACUUUGAUGCACUCGGGCUUGGCCUUCUGUUGCAAGAAUAUGUGCUCUAUCUCAUGAAUGAACCCAAAAUCACAUGAGACGGUUGUGAAAGGCCUUUGAGCGAUCUAAAAGAAAAAGGGAAGUCCGUGUGUGCAGUGUUGCACGUGGGUUAAAAAGAGAAGUUGGGGAGUGUGGAGAAGCCACAAGUCUAGCAAAGGGCAGUGGGCGCUUGGGCAACAGAUUUGAGCACUGUAGAGGGUUGGGCUGGAUGACCCUCGUGGGAUAUUUCCGGCAACUACACGGAGAUGUUUGGGAUUGAUCCUGGCACCUUCUGCAUGUGAAGCAGCCGCUCUCCUGUUGAGCAAUGGCCUUUCCCGGGAAGCAAUGGCGGCUGGGAAUAAAGCUGUGUGAACUGAGCGUUGGGUGUGGAAGAAGAAACAAGGGUUUGCAAAACUGUGAAAGGAUGAAGAGGGGAAAUCUAGGGGGGUUGUCUCUUCAGACACCCUUUAAUGUACUUAGGGAACAAUUAGUGGUUUGGAUUAUCCUCAUUAGCCAGAUACAGAGUAUACCUUUCACUCCCCAUGCCCCUAUGUUUCCCAUAUUUUCUGUACUCUCCCUUCUCUGAAUUACAGCUUUGCAGGCUGCUGCCUUCCUUCGGUCGACUUGCUUCAAGCACCCCAUUCUAUGGGUCAGGGUAGCUGCCUCCUCCUUCCCACAACUUACAUUUAUGAAGCUUGUGUUGUGCUUCUCCCCCACUUCCUAUCCUUAUCUGAAAGCACAUUUUCUCUCGCUUCUGAACCGCCCCUUCUCCAACGCCUUCUCCCUGGGUACCUGAAGUGUUUGGUUGUGACCCUCUUGCCUCAGUCUCUUAAGUGCGCCCUGGUGAAAGAAUGUACUAAAAACACUGUUCACCUCUCCCUUACUGCCAGGAUAGAUGAGAACUUUAAACUCAUUCCCUCGCAAAGGAGUUCCAUUAUCAGCAUACUUUUCUGGAGAUCAUUGAUUGACCUUGGGUCAACUUUGUAGAUAGUUUUUCUCAUUGCCUUGCUGGCAAGCACGUAACUGUCUAGGCAACCUGGUUGCAGUACUUUGCAACACGGGCAGCCCAGUUUGCAAGAUAUCUCCCCCCCCCCCCCCGACUAGAACCCUGAAGUCUAUCAAACAGGAGUAAUAUACUUCCAAAACAUUCAACAAUGGAGGCGCAGAGGGCGAUUGGCAAAGUCAAUGGAGAAAAUUGAAAAAAGCGCAGCGGAAGCCAUUCGACUUCCGAGGCGCAUUCGAAAACUGAAACAUUUACUUCCGGGUUUUUGGCAUUCAAAAACCAAAACGUUCGGCUUCCAAGGUUCUCAUAAACCGAGGUACCACUGUACUAAUAAUUAAGGAACAGGCCGUGUUCGAAAUUCCCCAGGCAUGUUUUGCUACUGACACGCGUCCAGUUGCAACAGCAUGGAGAUUUCUGGGUGUCAUGUUGGUGACUGACAUCGCCAUUGAGCCACCUGACUCACGCACAGUCCUCCAUCCACACAUCAAGGAAAAUUAAGUGCAGGGCUGAGUACAGAUAAUUUGACUAUGUUGCAGCGUUUCCACAAGCUACCCAAAUGGAACUCAGACCACAGUUCAAAAACCUCUGCCUUAGUCAUAAGUUAAUACCAUUUCCAUUUCCACUGUGUGAGUUACUCCUCCUUGCAUACUGAGACACCCUUAUGUACUCCUUUGCUUAGCUUUUGGGGGGGAAAAGGAUACUCCAUUUUAACCCUUGCUUGUUUGCAAAUGAAAGUUUUUGUGCAGUUUCAUUGCUUCCCUGUCUGCUACUUAAUUCUAGUUUUCUAGUUUAUUCUUCAUGUGGCUUUACCUUCUGUUGUGUGAGUGCCCAUUCAAUGUCCCAAAGGCUGUUCCCUCCAGCUUCCUCCCACUUUGAGAGUGUCAGGAAGUUUCCCCCUUGUUUUUCUCUGCAUUGCAAAAAAAGGCUUGCUGGGAAGGUCCUAUUUCUGCCACACCCUUCCAUUUACCUAGAAAAUGCUUCCUCCUAUAAUUUGCAUGCAAAUCUAAGUUUCCCCUGCAGGCGUAGUUGGGUGGGGAUGUGUUGCCUAGGUGUGGAGAGCAAUGUAUGCCUGGGACUUCUGCUUUUCUUUUGAGUCACCUUUUAAAGGUGACCUUGAGAACCACAAUAAACUAGUCAGUAUAUUGUCCUGGCAGUUCCUGUCCUCCGAAACUGUUCUGUUAUUCCGUUUUGGUUCAGAGGUUGAACAAGGGUAAGUUAUAAUUCUGAGCCAGAAAUCAGACUUCUUGGGCGCCAGCCCUGUAUAGAGCUGGAAGAAAGAAAAUAUCGCAUCCGAGUGCCACUUUAAAAUUCCAGUGUGACUGGGUGCACGAAAGUAUUUCAGCCCUGGUGCCAUGUCGCAAAAAAAAAAUUCUGUCUCAGUUGUCAAUCAGUUGAUUUCAACUUCUGUUUCCUAUUGAUGGGGUGAAUGUUUUUCCCACACACACAGUCCUUGGUGAAUGUGGAAGGAAUAUCCAAUAAAAACAAGGAAUAUUUUCAGAUAAAUGGGAAUAGGUUCCUGAAACCCUUCUCUAUCUUGAGCUCCUGUGACCAGUUCUGGUGGUCCCUUACUCAGCGGGAGAGCAACACCAUUCAGCUGUACUCCCAAGCCUGGAUCACAUUGUCUGCUGUCCAAUAGAGCCUCUUAUCUUGUCAGGAAUGAACCUCAACUUAUUAGACCAAAUCAAAUACAUGAGUGUAUCUAGGCAAAUCAUUGAGGAUUUCCACGGCUUCACUGUGGCACCACAAAUAGAGCUGAGUAUUGGCAUAGUGAUGGCAUCCAGACACUCAGAUGACCCAAAACUUGCAUUCUGUUUGAUGCAGUUCUCUGUCUUUAAGAAGUGAUAAAGACCGGAAUAGCUGACUACCACUGAUAGAUGUAGUUUUGCAAAAAAAUAGUUUCCUGGUGGGAGGCAAAAUGUGGACUUCCUUUGCUAGGAAAUCUGUCGGUUAAAAUGCUGAGCUUAAGUUCUUUGGCUGGCAAAGUCCAUAUAUUAAGUUUCCUGUAAGUAUCUCCCACCAUCCCACUCCCAGCCUUGACUCUUCCACGGGAAAUAACUCCUUCAGUAUGUUCUGAUGGAGCUUGUCGAUUUGCCUCGAAGAUCACGCAAAAAGCUACAUAAAAUAUUUUCUAAGUAGCUAAUAACAAUUUCUCAUUAGGUAUUACUGAACCUAAUAGUUGCUCGGUUGUGAUCAGUUUAAAACCAUUGUCUCAACUUGCUGUGUAAAAAAAAAAAAUCAUUGAAUGAGCCUUUCCCCAGAGAAGCAGGAAGUAAGAGUCAUUGCUCUCAGAAUAACUUUUGAGAGUUAGUCUUGUCUUGGGAAUUUCCUCCUAUAGAUGAACAGAAGCAAAAUGGCUUUUCACUAACCCUGUAUUAUUAUUUUUUUGGCCUUAUACAAUUUGCAUGAUGACGAAGCAGUGAAAAGCAUCUCUUUGGCUGGGCUUCUCUGCUGAUUUCACAGAUGGGUUUAAUUAGUCCACUUGAACUAAGCAUUCAAGAUCUCAACAAAACCCAUCUGUCUCCGCUGGCAAUUCUAAACACCAGUGGGAUUGUAAAAAUUCUGCGUUCCCUCACUUGAGCUUUUUCUUUUCUUAAAAAAAAAAGUCAUUGGUUCGCAGUGGCAUUUGCUGCUAGCUUGUAGUACUCCUGGCCACUAGUCCUGAAUCAGACUUAAUGCCAGCUGUGAACUGCUGGGGGUGAGGAGUCAAAAGUUGGCUUUUGAAGAAGAAAUGCGCGGGCGGUUCGGGCAAGGGAACCCAGUGGUUUGCUGGGAUUAAACAGCCUGGCCUGGUUUCUUCGAAAUUGCCAAAUGAGAUCAAUUGAAGUGAGCAAGGGGAGUGGUGAAGUAAACCUUUCGUCUUAAAACUCUAGGUGUAUGGCAAUACGGCUGUCUGUCUGGCCCCCUUCACACAUAAACGCUAAGCUAAACCAUGGCUUGGUUUGAGCAAGCAGCCACUUGCUGCUGCGUUGAGCUAAGCCAUGGUUUGGCUACUGCGUUGUCCGAACCCAGGCUUCUGGUUGAGCACUCUCCAGAUGAACCCAUGCACUGCAACCAAGAUUUGUCCUGUGGUUUCCAGCUUGUGGUUUGGGUGGACUCGGCCAUGAGCCUGGAUUUCUCUGGCAUCCUGAGCCAGACGGUGGCCUAGUGCAACGGCAAAACAACCAGGGGAUAGACCCAUUUAAAUUCAUAGACUCAUAGAGUUAGAAGGGAUUCUGAGGAUCACCUGGUCGAAUCUGAAUAUGCAGCUGCCCCACAUGGGAAUCGAACCCACAACCUUGGCCUUGUCAGCACCACGCUCUUAACCAAUGCAACCAUGAUUGCCAUUCUGAGAGAACUAGCGGUUUGGGGUUGCCACCAUGUACUCUCAUUUUGUGAUCAUUCGUCUCUGAGGGACCUUACAACCUGCAGUGCGGCCCUGCUCAUUUUCCUUCUGUCUCUUGUGACUAACACUAGGGCUACCAGCAGCACUGCAGUCUUGAUAUGCUGGGCUGGGGGGAAGGGGUGAGGGAACAGAAAUAAUCUGUUGUGACAAGUACGGACCCCAUUGCUUAGGGAGCCCAAGCUCUAUAGUCAGGGCUGGAACGUUUCUUGAGUUCAGUAGUUUUCCCCCUUUGAUACAGUGGAAAAAGAUGGACUCAAUGAGAUUAGAGGACCUGAUUCUAGACAGGUAUUUAUAUCAAGGGUGUCUGCAGAAAGGGAUAAGAUCUCAAUGUCCCUUAAAGAGCAACUUACUAUCGUAUGCAUCAUUAAAUGCAAAAAACCUUGCUCCUCUAAGCUGGACAGAGCUGGGUGGAAGUACAAUUUGAAACAGUUCUUGUUUUCUUCACAGUAAUUAACAUAAACUAGCAAUUCUCCUUUUUGGGGGUGAAUUGCCACUAUGACUUACAGACUGAGAUGUGACUGCAUGUAACACAUCUGCCCUUUGACCUGGAAGUUGUGUUGUAUUCUUAGAAACAGCAAUCGCUUACCUUGUUACCCAUGCGCUUUGCUGUUGGAAGAAAUACAGUUUGCUGUCUCGUAAAUUUCUGAAUACCUUUGGCGCUUGGUUCCUCAUCACUAUUUUAAGCAUACAGAGUUUCUUGCUAAGAGUUGCAUAGUUGUUGUUGUUGUUUGUUUUUAUACUUCCUGUAUUUGAAAACCAAUCUAAUAUUUUGUGUCUUGUCCUUCUCUUACAGCAUUGUCCAAGAUAUAACAGUUGGUACAAAGGUAGGCCUUUUUCCUUUCUUUCAUUGCUUCAGCAAAUGUAUGUUGUCCUGUAAACCACCGCAUUCUUACAGAAACAAGCUGCUUUUAAAAGAAUUGGUGUUUUGCGACUUGUGUUACCUGGUACGAGGCUUAUAUAGUCGUUUCUACAUGUCUGUUGUGUAGGAACUGGAACACGCAACGGUAGGGAAACAUCUGGUGUGUUUUCAGGCACACAUUUCAGUGUGUUGAGCAAUUUGUGUUUUUGCUAGAACCCCAAGAUCCAUCAAAAGGUUCAAAAGACAUACACUUAGAAAUAAAGAAUUCUGAGCACAGGAAUUCGUUCAGAACAGCAUAACAUAAUGGUACUCAGUCUUUCUACAGAAAAAUGCACUUCUGGUUCACACACGCACACUCAGCUUCCUUAAUUUCAGCUGUAGAAUAUGAGAGCAGGGGUGUUUUGUUGCUAGUGUUAAAAGUCAGCAAUCCUUGCCAAUUUCCUCCUAAUCACAAGUCAUGCAUCCACUUCGCUCACUCUGAGUGGUCCUUGAAUGUUCUGUUGUAUGCAGGAUGUCCUUGGCAAUUCAUAGAUAGCUUGGUGAUUGAAAAUAUAAAACAACAUUGCUAUUAAAGAAGUGUGGUGAGAGAUCUGGACAUAUUUCUGCCUGAGAAAGAACGAGUCCCUAAUUUUAGGGACAACUCCAGCUGUCUUUGUGCACACCCCAGGCCUGUAUUGUAAAGUUGGUUUGCGAUUAAACCAUCACCUAUACCCUGGGAGCACAAUAACGCUUGGCCUUUUAUCCUGCUAGUUUCGACCCAGCCUUGAAGUAAAGCUUUUAUCUACAGAAAAUGGCAGUGGUAGGAACUGCAGUGGAGGCAGCAUAAAAGCUGAGACAGCACACCUCAAGGAAAGUAAAGGAUAGGAUGUGCUGCCUGAAAGGGAUGUAGUAAAAAUACAAGACUUAGCUACUGGCAGGAGUGUAAAGAUGUGUUCCUUACUUAGCUGAGAGGAGUGGCACCUAGUUUGCAACAGGCUCCUGUCUUUUAAGUUUGAAAUCUAAAGAAAAUUCUGCCCAGCGAGACCUCUGGUUUACUAAAGCUGGUUAAAAUCACAUCUGAAGGCAGGAGGGGGAUGAAUGUUCGGCUUGCUGUAAUCACAACUUGGAAAGGAGAUAGGAACCAGGAAGCACUGUUGACUUUAGAUCAUGGGAUGGGAGCUGUGCAGGCCUGUUAAAAUCCUAGGUGAUCAAACACUGAAGGCUGCUGGUGCCUCCAUUUUCUCAGUCCUGGCCCAUCACUGAGUAAUGGCUCAGUCAUUGGCUGGUACCUAACAUAGGGAAUAGAAAGAAUUAUUUUAAUCGCUAGCUUGCUCUGAAUCCAGGAAAGAGAACGUGAAAUCAUACCUCAUGGCAGACCACCGAGCCUUGGGUUGGUGGAUGGGGGGGGGGGCCCUGACGUUUUCCAAACCCCUCCCCCCUUGCCACGAUGACUGAACUGCCUGUGUCCCACUAUACAAACGCCACAGGCUCCGUAACACAUUUCAUUGUCCCCUCCUUUGCGAGCCGCGCUUGAGAGCAAUUAGCUCCGCCUGGCUGGAUAGACCUGGUUUUGUAGGGAAGCCAGGAUCUUUGCCAUGGGAACAGCAAUUACGGCUUCGGGCCACAGGCCAAGAAUGCGAGCGGAGGAAUUCUGGCCCCUCAAUUUACGGCUUCAGUUCAAAGGCUGCAACAGGCUGCCUCUUGGUAGGCCUUGCUGGAGCGGGCUUGGCCACAGAUGGGAGCCACAUGUGCUGACACAAAGGGAUAUUGACUCACGCAGACCUUUUCUUGGCAGUCUAAAAAUAUGGGAAACACGUAGGGUAUGCAGUUAAUGUUGCUGUAUAUGUGUGGAGGUGCCCAUCUGCGCUGCAAAUGGCGAAACUCCCGUUUCCUUGGUUCUGGCACAGCUUUUUCAGUGAAAUCGUUGCUGGGAACAGAUGACCCGAGUGACUGGGAAGAGGAGUUUCCCUAAUUUACAUCCGUGCUAGUAUUUGGGAAACAUUAAGGUAGACAAGGUCUUACCUCCACAAAUUGCAAGGGUGUGUGUGUGUGUGUGUGUGUGUGUUUUGGAUGCCCCAUCUUGUGUAAAAUGCAUCACUCCCUGCAAGUGGAAAACUAGCCACUUGCAGUCAGAAAGGUCUAGAAAGUUGUGUUUUGUAAUGCAACAACAGCCUGGCUUUCCUUUUGCAGUACGUAUGUCGCUGUAAAGGGAGCGAUUCAAAUUAUAGCCCUCACCUUCAGCCUUGAAGUGGUUCGUUUUGCUUUGGCAUUUUGUUUUGUGUUUUUGGACCUUGCUCCAAGUCAGUGUAGCUUCCAGACAAAUCCUGCCUAUUGUGUACUUUAGCUUUUCACCCCACUUCAGCAAGCCGUGUGUGCUGUGGCCUUGUUUAUCCUCUCAACCCAACAAAGCAGAUUCUUAUAGCUUUGUUGAUUUCUUGAAGCAAAUAGGUCUGUUUUGUGUUAAACUUAUACACCAGAAGCCUUGUUUGGGAGUACAGUAUAGCAAUCAGAAGUAGCUUUUCCAUGAUCUUUCCGCUCUUAUAAAUAUACAAAACAUAUUCAUCAACAAAUACAUUAUAUUGCAACCCCUUAUCCCUUAUAUACCCAGUAUAUACCUGCACUCUGCGGGAAAGUUUAUCCUCCGAAAUCCAAAGUUCUGAGGCCUGUUCCACAGUAAUUUUGGAGCAGUUUUGUGUGGCUGCCUCCCUGUUUUGUACACUCCCUGGAAACAACUGAAGACUCAUUUGUUCAAACAGGAUUUUCCAGCUGGAUAAAUGAACCUUUAAUAUGAGUGUUUUGUUUUGUUUUGGCUAUGUUUUAUGUUUUUAAAAAACUUUUUUCCUGUUUUUCUUGUGCUUCACAUUUAAACUAUUGUGUAGAAGACAAUAAAUAAAUUAAUGAUGAUAACCAAUAAUAGAAAAGUUCACAGCAAGCAAGCGGUAUACACUAAUACCACUUGCAUAAAGUAUCCUCACUGAACUUCCUCAUAAUACUCAGGUUAUCACAGUUCAUAAGUCACGAGAGAACUCGAUCAAAAUCCCUCUGCGCCAAUAAUGCAAAUAUAUAAAGUGUGCCUGAGCGUAGAUCUGCUUUCACUGUUUGCCUGUAAUCUCUCGGCCUUCUAAAAGUUCUGAUAGUAAAAUUGCAAAGGGGUGGAAUCAAAUAAUCGUGAGGGCCUCAUCCUGUGGUGACGAUCCCAAUAGUAUAGCCUACAGCAGCCAGCUCCCCUUCAGGUGUUUUGAGUCUGGCCGGCAUGAGCUCCAGCUAGCAUGGCUGUGUUUGCUGGGGUGGUUGGGAGUUGUAGUGCAAAACAUUUGGAGGGUGCCAGGAUGGCGGAAGCCACUUCAGAGCAAAGAAAUGUGCUUCCAUCUUACAGACUGCUAAGCUAAUUGUAAUCACAAACUGAAUCUCAGAUAUAAAACACUGGGCUAUGUUCGUGGCCUCUUGCACUCAAUUUCUUGCAGAGAAAUGUGAGUACAAGUUAGUUCUGAUUGCAUUAGCUUGGUUGUACGUUCCUGUUUGCCUAAUUAAAGUUAUUAAAGUUUUUGCUUAGCCUCUUGAGGUUAUUAUCGAAGCCGGUAGUAACAUAAAGCCUUACUGUUGGGAGGGGCGCCUCCUUCAAAUGAGAAACUGACUUGGAUGUUCCCUCCAUGAAAUAAACAGUGUUUCUAUUCUGAUUGAAUCUGGCCCAUACUAAUAAAAAGACUACGGGAAAACUACCAAAUUUGACAUAAAUGAAAAGCAUUCUAAUUUUGCAAAGCUUUGCCUUGGGUGAUGCUGGAGCCAUCAAGUCAGUACUGUACAGUUUUUCACUUCCCUGUAGUAAGGCCCCUUAAAAUAGUGGCCUUUUAGUGUGUGGAAGAAAUACCAGGUGACUUGGAAUGCCCCCUUAUACCGAGACAGACCAUUGCUCUAUCUAUUGUCCUAUUGCUUCUGAAUAAACCUAGCGGUGGAGCAAUAAAACUGCUAGGAAGUUUGCAAAGCCGAGCAGGGAUUUGUAUUGCAAUUAAAUGCACUGUGCAAGAGCUGAAGAACCCAAGUUGCCCUGGUUCUGCUAGGUGCUAAUUUUGUUCACAAGUCCUGUUGGCAUCUGUUGAGGCGGGAAGCAUCCUGACUCUGUGUAUGCCAUGUGCUUGGCACAUGUUUUCUUCAUUGCUAAACAUGUCUUGAAAGCAUGUCCCAAGGUUCUCAAGCGACCCACUUCUCUGCCGUGACCUUGGCCUCAACUCUGCAAGCUUUAUUUGGAUUCCUGAGCUUUUAUUGGGCUGUCGUCCUCUUUUGAAGACUGCCUGGGUUAUUGGGAACAGAAGCUGACACAGGAUUCUCCUGCGUUCGCCACAAAGCUUGGGUGCUGCACAGUUUGGGGCAUGUUACCACUAGUUUUACAUGUCAAUCUUGGUUGAGAGGCAAAGGCUUCAAAUCACUACAGUGUGCUGUGAUAGUUCUAAAACAUGAUUCUGUUGCUCGGUUUCAAAACGGAGAGGUGUGUUUAUAGCCCUCCUGUAACAGGUUGGCAGCUAGCUGUGUGGCAGGCCAACUGGGCCCGCCAUAGAUCCGAAGGGCCAAGUUGCUUCCUCCUUUGCCCUGUCAAUCAUACUCUUUUUCCAUAACAAAGGUGCAGUUGUGGUCCGUGCCAUUUAAAUAUCAGGCCCAUCCCAAUUCUUACAUAACCUGGGCCCUAGAACAGGGGUCUGCAACCUUUUUCAUUCGUGGGCCGGUCCCCUGUCCCUCAGACCAUGUGGUGGGCCGGACUAUAUUUUGAAAAGAUAAUAAUGAACGAAUUCCUAUGCCUCACAAAUAACCCAGAGAUGCAUUUUAAAUAAAAUCAUGCAUUCUACUCAUGUAAAAACACCAGCCAGGUCCCACAAAUAAUCCAGAGAUGCAUUUUAAAUAAAAGGACACAUUCUACUCAUGUAAAAAUACACUGAUUCCUGGACCAUCCGCAGGCCGGAUUGAGAAGGCGAUUGGGCCGCAUCCGGCCCACAGGCCUUAGGUUGCCUACCCCUGCCCUAGAAUCAUGUCUGAUGCGAAGUUUCCCCUCUAGCUACUUUUUGGCAAGUUCACCUAAUUGUGUGAUUGCAAGGUGAGUUUGUGGGAAGUUUUCAACAUAACGCUAAAACCUUAAUCAUUUGGGUUGCAGCCAGUGUUAGUCACACUCAGAGUAAACUUGUUUAAAUUGAAGGAUGUGAGUACCUGAGGCCCAUUCGUUUCCCUGGGUUUACUCUGAGUAGAACUUAGUUUGAUGCAGCCCUUUGAUGCAACAACCUGUCUAGAACUUCUGAUUCCAUCUUUCGGUGUGUAGCAGCUGAAUUUUGCCAGCUUUUAAGAAGCGCUUUAAAAUUUGGUUUAGGUCGGAACCAUGGCUUGUCCUCAUAAUUGUAAAUGCUGGAGGCAGCUCGCUUGGGUGUGGAGUGCCCUAUCAGACAAGCAUGACUGCAUAACUUUGAUUACUCUGAGCUCAGGAAUUCUGAGCGGUUAAUAACAAUAGCCACACCCCUCAGAUUCGCUCAAAGGGCAGGUUUGUUUCAUGGCGUGUCUCCAUAGUAGCUGGAAGGAGUCUGGCUGGGGCAUGGAGGGAGAGCAGAUUAAGACUAUUAUUUUCUCUUUGCCUCUAUGUAGUUGUGAACAGAACUUUUAAGAAAUAGGCAUAUGCCGGUUGCCUACUCUAGGAUCUGGCACUAAAAAUAAAACCAUUAUAGGCUUUCGUACCAUUUGAAACAGCAAUACAGUAUCCCAGUACAGUGAUUUACCGUAUUUUUCGCCCUAUAGGACACACCUUUUCCCCUCCAAAAAUGAAGGGGAAAUGUGUGUGCAUCCUAUGGACACACUUUUUCCCCUCCAAAAAUGAAGGGGAAAUGUGUGUGCGUCCUAUGGGGCGAAUGCAGGCUUUCGCUGAAGCCUGGAGAGCGAGAGGGGUCGGUGCGCACUGACCCCUUUCGCUCUCCAGGCUUCAGGAAGCUAUCCGCAAGCGACUUUGCGCAGCUCUCCCACAGCUUGGGGAGAGCUGCCUGCACCCCGAAGCCUGAGCUCAGCACGCCCCAAGCUUCGGGCUUUGCGCAGCUCUCCCACGGCUAGCGGAUAGCAGCCUGUUCUGGGGGCUGGGGUCGGGGGAAGCUUGGGCUUGCGCCACACCUGGGGGAAAAAAAUUCUUUCCCCCUUUAAUUCCCCCCCCCCAAAAAAAACUAGGUGCGUCCUAUGGGGCGAAAAAUACGGUAUGUCUAUAGUGGAUGUGCAGUCUCAUUGGUGGAGAUCUGUGUUGCCCUCACGCUGAAUGCAGAAGAUUUUUUUAUUUGGAAUCGGUAAAGAAAUUACAAUGCAUUCUGAAACUAUACAAGGUUGUCUUAGUUCAGGCAUUGUAUUUAGCAAUGGUUUGCUGUGAUGCCUUCAUUUGGUGAGCCAUAAUUGAGGCUAUCGCUCUUCCUCUGGAGGCAGCUGCUGUGGGAAUGGCCAUAGGAGUGGCGUGGAGAUGAAAUAUGAAAGUGGAUGUGCAGGUCUAAAUUGCGGCUUGCUGAGCACACAGGGGAAAGCAGAGAAGCAGUUUUAAAACAUAUGUUUGGCUGCAUGUUUGGAAACACCUGCCUUCUAGCCCAGGGCCAAGGCAAGCCGUCGUUCAGGGUGAUGUUUGACCCCUGCAGUUUGGCCACCCACGGGAAAUAUAGGAAUCAACCUAUCCUUGGUAGAGAGAGUGCAGCCUGCAACCAUAGGGUCAAAAUGGCAACCCCCGAAGGGCCCACAGAGAAUGUACAUGCUCAGAACUUGAGCAGGGGCGUUGGCCAGGGCCCUGCUGUUUGCUUUGGGCAAACAAAAUCAAGGCGAAAGGCCCUUAAGUGUUUCACUUCCUCCAAGCUUGCAUGGAGUGGCCUACUUUAACCAGUUUGAGGUGUAAAGUAAUGAUGAGAGGUGGGAGGUGGUGAAUGGCGUGAAGUAGAGGUGGGAGGUGGUGAAUGGCUUCUUACAUAGCCGCAACUGCUGGGAAUGUCAGCUGGGUUCUGCACCCUACCAGGUAGUGUUUCAGCUAACAGAAAGCUUUCUUCUGCUGCUGUAUAGGAAAGGGGACACCCAGUCGGCUUCAGGAGAGUCUGAAAAGGAAGAGCAACCAAGCUUUGUUAACAAGGCCCCAUUGUGUGGCCGGCUGAAAAAUCUAGGACAAGAUAAUCGUAGAAUUAGGGAGGCGAGGGGGCCCUUUUUAAUUUAAAAUGUGCUGCUAUACCCAGGGCUGGGAGAGGUGGCUUCCCAUUUCAUUUACCCACACCAGUAGGAGUCUGGAGCUGGUAGAGACUUCAGAUAGGUGGGUGCCAUCAAAAUAUGAAGCCUGUUAGUCUUGGGGUUCUUAGAUCCAACGGCAAUAUCUGCGCUAUUACGAUCUCCGUGUUAGAAACCUCCCGGGGCUGCCGAGAACACCCCAGCAGGACUCCUGAUGAAUACACUCAAACAGCGGUUAAAAAUCUGGCUUAAGGUUUAUACAGUUGUACCCUGGAAGUCGGACAGAAUCCGUUCCGGAAGUCCGUUUGACUUCCAAAAUAUUCGGGAACCAAAGGACGGCUUCUGGUUUGCCCCAGGAAGCUCCUGCAGCCAAUCAGAAGCUGCGCCGGAUGUUCGGCUUCUGAAAAUCGUUCGAAAACCAGAACACUCACUUCCAGGUUUCAAGAUUUGUUCAGCAGCCAGGGCGUCUGAGAUCCAAGGUACGACUGUAGUGCAGAUUGUGGUUGCUAUUCCAGCCACUUCCGAGGUUAAAAACCAGCUCUUCCUUAGCAGCUGGAGGAUGUUGGGGGGUUGGAGCAUUACUUAGCUGCUUCCUGCCACAGAUUCCUGUAUAAUUUGCCCUGCACAUUCUUAGUUGGGGGCAAAUUACUUCAAUGCCAGGUAUCAAAUCUUCAACUUUGUUAUCUCCAGCAAAAACACUUAAGCAAAAAAAGGCAAAGGAACUCUGAGCAAGCUCCUAGUUGUGGUUUCAUGAGAUGUUUUCAGUUGGAGCUCGGAAGAUAAUAAAUGCCAUCAGUUAAGCAUCAGGUGCUGAAAGGAGCUCUACUGUUGCUGUUCUGGGUGUGCCUCCUGACUCACACGGAAAUGUUAAUAGGCAUCAGAACUGCCUAGUCACAAAUUGCACCCCUGCUUCUGUCCUUGACUUUCUGCCUUCAUAUUUAAGUGUUUGCCUUGAGAGGAUGGAAGGCUACAGGCUCUUAAACAGACUACAGUGGUACCUUGGUUGUCAAACUUAAUCCAUUCGACUCCCGGAACGGCUCGAAAACCAAGGCGCGGCUUCCGAUUGGCUGCAGGAGCUUCCUGCGCUCAAUCAGAAGCCGCGCCGGGCGUUCAGCUUCCAAAAAAUGUUUGCAAACUGGAACACUCGCUUCCAGGUUUGCAGCGUUUGGGAGCCAAAACGUCUGAGUACCAAGGCGUUCGACAACCAAGGUACAACUGUAUUUGCUGGCUAUGAACUGCUCUGGUCAAGAGUAUCAGCGCUCUUAACUACUUUUCCCAACCUGGUGCCCUCCGUAUUAUUUGGACUACGACACAGCCAUUUUAGCCGGGGCUAAUGGGGAUUCAUAAUCUAAGCCAUCCAGAGGCCACCAGAUUGCAGAAGACUGCUCCAACUGCAGAGCCAAUUUGCCCACGAACCGAUUCAUUGUCUCGUUGGGAUCAUUUCACAGUUGUGGAGAAGCAAACCCAUGCCUUCCUGCCCUGUGAGUUUUUGCACGCUGUGAAGGGUGUGUCUGUAGCAUUCAUGCUUCUUGUUCUGAGGUAUGUGCUUAGUUACCGUAAACAUUGAAUGUGUGACGGCCAACGGUAAGUUUUUGAGAAACACAAAAGUGCCAGCAAAAAGGGCUGUCUGCUUGAGGGGUAAGCUGUUUGCAGUGGCAAGUACGUUCUCCAUUUGGGUAGGUUGAGUGUUCUGGCCUCGCAACUUCAUCCUGUUCAGCAGCGCAUUAAAAUGGUGCGGAUAGGCUUUCAGGUCUGCCUUCAUAGCCUUUCCUUGCCUUGACCGUGCCUGAGAAAGGUGUCCAACAUAUUAUAAUUCCAAGGAUAGCACGCUGCCUGUGAGAAAAUAAACUUUACCUUGGUUAUGGGCACUACCAGGGUAGCUCUGCCCUUUUACUUACUAGGUUUCUUAACGUCGACUUCUGCUGAUUCCAUUUCAUGUGGUUGAAAGAAGGGGAUGGGCUUGGAAAUCCAGACUCCCCCCUUUCCCCGCCCUUCCGCUCAAUUUCUCUCCCACUUCAAUUCUGGAUUGUCCUCCUGUUCUGGCGGUUCCUGUGUAGAAUUUAGAAAAGUGCUGUCAACUCACCUUUAUUUUUUUCUCUCCUUCUCUCUUUCUCUUCCAGCGGGGAUCUGACGAACUUUUCUCUACUUGUGUCACUAACGGACCUUUUAUCAUGAGCAGCACCUCUGCUUCUGCAGGUAACAUUGCCAGCCCAAGGAAUUCAGCGCUUUCCUGAAGGGCCCAGUUGUCAGCCAAAGUUAGCCCUCUUCCUUAUAUUCCCCCUCCCAGCCACCGCCACCCCCAGUAUGCUUAUUCCUCCAUUAAAGGAACAGCCCUGCCCCCAAGGAAGGAGCCUCUGCUGCCAUGUUAGAUUUACAAGUUUCAACAGACUUGCAGCCCCCCCCCAACCCCCAGAACGAAUACCUUGACUUUAACCUGCCCCAGAGCAUCUCAUUAAAGAUGUGUUUAUACUAGCAAAGCGUCCCGCACAGGUAAGGGCAGAGGACAGUUACCAGCAGAAGAUAAGAUUGCAAGCAUACAUUUCGAACACCCUGAUAUUUUGGCGUUUAACGAGGGGUCUGUUUUUUGGGUCUGCUGUUUCAGGCAUGCUGCUAGGAUCACUACACAGGGUGCUUCUUGACAGCUGGGAACUGAAUGAUGCCUCUUUAUUCGGGGGUGAGCUGGACUUUUGAUCCUGGCCUUUUUCUGUUGGCCCCUCACUGUCGCGCCCACAGUCACCACUGACUCUGAGCCCCACCUCUUUUAACAUUAAAACUUCCAUGCAGUAUUUGAAUGUCAGAUGAGUGUAGGAAGAGUGUUCGGUGACGUGUUGAACACUUGCCUGAGCAUUUUGCAGAACCAGUCAAUGCUGGUUGCGCUGGCGUUUGGCAAACCAGCCGGCAAACCACGAGGCCUUGGUUUUAAACAGAAGCUUCCUUUCCUUUUAUUAUUACUUUCCCACUGUCUGGCUCUGUAUCCUAAGGCUUCCGGACAGGUAGCCUGUGAGUUUGAAAGCCUUAGCGAAGCGAUUAGAAGUUUGUGGUUAGCCAGUCGGCGUAGCGUUGCAAGGGCGCAACUCAGAACCCCUUCUUGGCCUUCCGUGGGCCCAAAUUUACCGCAGCAAAUUUCAGGGUAUCCUGAAGUGUGUUGCUUUAAAGUCCCAUUUCGGUGACCGCAUCACAUUUGCGAGGGUGGGGAUUUUAAAGGAUUGGCCACAAGUUGCUGACAGCACAGAGCUGACUUUAAAAAAGGUUAUCUUUCUCCCACACCGCUGCUGUGAUGUGGAGAACCACACACCGUGUCGUUCAUUCCUGACACUGGUGCAAACAUUCUGUGCCAUUUGCAAGAAGCACAUCAUGGCACUAUGUUAGACGUCGCAGCAGGGGCUUGGGGAAAUAUGCCAUGCCCUAGGGAUGCUAGCCACCAAGCUGGCCAGCCCUAGGAAUUUACUAGUCCACCUAGCCUAAUUUGGCAUUUAUCAAGCCUCUGGUAACUAAUCUACACAGCAGGCAAUUGAAAUCUACAUGAGCCACAGUCCAUCCAGAUCGUAUCAUCUCUGGAAUGUGGUGUCCACCGCUGAGCAAGUGCCCCCUUCCCAGCUGCGUUUGGAAGGGGUUGCAAUGCCAGGCUAGCUGUGCGUCUAAGAACUCAAAAAUACGAAAGGAUUCAUAAAGUUUUCCCUGGUUGUGUAACCAGCUGGCCUGCACAUUUCUCAGGCUGUGCACAGCCAUCUUCAAAGGCACAACUGGCUGCACUGGUUAUAUCGCUUCUGCCACCCAGAAGCUACGCUCAACCCAUGCGGUGGGUGGAGUUCUAGUGGCUGGUUUAAACUGGGGGUUGGGUGGGGCAGUUUUGCAUGGCCACGGCAUCAGUGUAAUAGCUCUGCAAGUCUCAGAGGUGUCUUCUGUGCUCAGUUGCCACCUUUUAGCCACAGAGGACGUUGGGCCUCCUUGGAUUACUCUUGGUUUGCGCGCUAAACUUUAUGCGUACCUUGCCCGGCCUUGCUGGAGUAGCUAGCCAUACUAGACAGCCACUGGGGCAGUCUGGUUCUAAUACAGACUGGUCUAAAUGGUGACCAGAAAGGUCUUAUAAACCGGCUAGGAAGUGACGUCAUUUCCCGACUCCUCAAUCUGACUGCCAUGGGCGAAGAAAUGGCCAGGGGUUGCCCCGGAGACCUCACCUGUCCCUGCCGGAUCUCUCUUCCAGCCAACGGAAAUGACAGCAAAAAGUUCAAAGGCGACAGCAGAACUGCAGGAAUCCCCUCGCGAGUAAUCCACAUCCGCAAGCUGCCCAGUGACGUCACAGAAGCCGAAGUCAUUUCCUUGGGGCUACCUUUUGGCAAGGUCACUAACCUGCUGAUGUUGAAAGGGAAGAAUCAGGUAUGUAUAUGCACGUGGAGCCAUUUAACUCUGGUAGAAGUGAUUAGCUGUACCAUAGGAGUCUUCACUUUCAGCUGCAGAAGCUUCAGCCUUCAAAUCGAUAGCUUGAUUUGCAGCUGCUUGGAGAAGUGAAACCGUUUGCGUAGAUGGCGGCGUUUUCCUUCCUGAGCAGGCAUAGAAACUGGCUUAUAUCAGUUUUAGGGACCAUAUUCCAUAAAGAAGCUAGUUUCAAACGCAAGCCACCAAGUUUCAAAUUGGCUGUAAAGUGGAAGGCAUAAUAGCUUAGUUGAAUGAGCAGACAUGCAGCUUCGCAAAGCAGAAAUAAUAGGCUUGGCACUCUUUACUCCAGUCCUACUGUUUCUGUGCUCCCUGGGGCUAAGAUAUGGCGUAGCUUAACAUUACGUCUGAGCCCAGGCUCGUGGUCUUCUCUCCCCCCAGACAAACCAUGCGUGGUAAACAAUAACCUGAUAAUUUGAGAUACUCAAGAUAAGAGACUGUACUGACAUCCUUGGGGCUGGAAGUCAGUGACGUCCCUUGCAUGUAUAAAGUUUUUUGCUUCGUUCUGUUGGCAUCCCCAGUUUGAAGCUCUUGGGUAAAAAUGUCUUGCCCAGGCUCACGUAAAUGCUCUCGCCUACCUGGGUUCGUUCUGCAAGCUGCCCAGAAAAUGGAAGUGCAGAAUAGCAAUCUAUAAAUAAUAGAAGCUAUGCAUUUCUGGUUGUGGAAGAGGGCAGAUCGGGAAGGAGAGUGCCGAGGCGGAGGCUGGGUUUGGAGGCAGCAGCUGUGCAAGGCGACCUCAUGAUGCCUGGAUGCCUUUUUGUUGUUGCUGUUGCUCAGGCUUAAUUCAGACACAAUUUGCAAAGGCAAACACUAGCUAAGGGUAGCCACAUGCAGCCUGUGUACCUCACAUUUUUUUUUGUUGAGGACUGACCUUCCACUAUCCUCGCUUAUUUAAAAAAAUGGACUAGGGAUCUUUCUUGUCAGUUGAUGGCAAUUGGAUCCUAAUGGCUGGGGCUUGAAGUUUUGUUUGAAUCAGAAAUUAAGUCAGAAAGCACUGCUGAAAGUAGGGCGGCUAUGAGGCCUACCAGCUCCUCAACUUCCAAAGACUGAACCGUUGUGAAGUCAGUGACUCCAGCACCCUAAGAGCUCUGUUUCCUGUGUGGCAUGCAGGCACCUUAAAAAAACACCUUUAAUGUCCCUUUAAAUAUGCCCAAAUUAGAGUAGAUUGUGAUUUGGUAUUUAAGGGCUCUGUGUGUAUGAAGAAAUGACUUGUUCAGAAAUUGAACUGCAGCCUUUGGGCUAAGAUUACUUAAGGCUGAUGCAGCACGUGUUUUACGUCCGUCUAUCUCAAUUAGGCUUUCAUAGAAAUGAACACGGAGGAAGCAGCUAACACCAUGGUUAGCUACUACACCACGGUAACUCCUGUCCUUCGGAGCCAGGCCAUUUACAUCCAGUUCUCCAACCACAAAGAGCUGAAGACGGACAACUCUCCAAAUCAGGCGGUGAGUCGGGAUUUCAAGCAGCAGCAGCAGCAGCAGGGCUUUGGGGUAACGUUCUGUGACCAUGGCUGUAUUUAAAUUUGCCAAGGAAAGAGACGAGCGACGGCAACGUUGCUGAGAAGAGGUGUACAUAAUUUGUCUGUAGCCCAGUGAGGUAAAGUAAGGCAGGGAAGAGUGUACUAAGAAUACUCAUGCUGGAUCAGAUCGAAGUCCUUACUUAUUUUCUUUUUACCUUACCUAGUAUUUCAUGGGGACACGGGUGGCGCUGUGGGUUAAACCACAGAGCCUAGGACUUGCCGAUCAGAAGGUUGGCGGUUCGAAUCCCCGCAACGGGGUGAGCUCCCGUUGCUCGGUCCCUGCUCCUGCCAACCUAGCAGUUUGAAAGCACAAAGUGCAAGUAGAUCAAUAGGUACCACUCUGGCGGGGAGGUAAACGGCGUUUCCGUGCGCUGCUCUGGUUCGCCAGAAGCGGCUUAGUCCUGCUGGCCACAUGACCCGGAAGCUGUACACCGGCUCCCUUGGCCAAUAAAGCGAGAUGAGCGCCGGCCGCAACCCGAGUUGGCCGCAGCUGGACCUAAUGGUCAGGGGUCCCUUUACCUUUACCUUAGUAUUUCAUGAUGCGCCUUCACAUUUUCUAGUGUUGUAGGGUGCUCAAAACCCACCGCGUUGCGUUAUCCUUCCAAAAAACCCUGUAGGUUAGAUCAACAUUGCACUCCUACCUAAAUACAGAAAGGGUAUAAUAUAGCUGAAAGUAGCUUGCCCAGGGUAACCUAGUGAGUUUAUAACGGAAAUAAAGGAUUCUGUCCAACAAACAUUUACUCAUUGAAAUUAAUGCACCUAAGUUAGUCACGGCCCUUAAUUUCAGUGUGUCUGCUCUGGGUGAAACUUAGCCCGAUCGAGCCCACACUUGACCUGAGGUCUUCCUUAUUUUUCUGUGGCUCACAGCAUGGUAACAUGUAUUAACUUGGCCUGAACGUGCAUGUUCCAUUCUGGUUACUUCUAACUUACAGGCCAUGGAAGCCAUCGGUUUCAACGAAUUACACAUAGUUGGUGUGUUAAUGUCUUACCUGUGGCUGUUGGAAGAGUUCACACUCAGUCUGCAGCAGGGCAGGGGAACCUGUGGCCCUAUAGGUGUUGCUUGGACUUCAGCUUGCGUCAGCCUGACCAUUGUCUGGCUCCUGGGAGUCUUAACAGCAUCUCCAGGUCCGCAGGGUCCCUGUCCUUUUGUGUACAGGAUGAAGAAAACAUCUUGUCGUCCUCCCCGUUCAUCUCUUAGGGCUAAAGGCCAGGUUCCCAAGGCCCCCUGCAUGUCUGCCUGUCAUUCAAUGUCCUGUUCAACAGGGGGCAACAUGAUUCUGAAGCCGAGUGAGCGCUCGCAUCUUUCUCUUUCCACCUCUCUGCUUAUUAACGUACUGAAAACGUUUGGCUCCCCAGCGCGCUCAGGCAGCCCUGCAAGCGGUGAACUCCGUGCAGUCUGGGAACCUCGCGCUGUCUGCCACCGCUGCAGCUGUGGAUGCUGGGAUGGCCAUGGCCGGGCAGAGCCCAGUCCUGAGGAUCAUUGUGGAAAACCUCUUCUACCCUGUCACCCUGGAUGUCUUGCAUCAGGUGAGAGAGGGUCCUCUGGCAUGGGGAGCGGCCAGAUUCCGGGGUUGUGUGUGAUGUAUCUUUUUAAUUUAAAAAAUUCCUCCCGGCAGCUCAUAUGAAAUAGGCUUGGAUGGCCAGAAAAGAUCACCUGGUGUCCUGGCCAUGUAGGGGCUUGCGAGGGAAGAGAAUUAAAGAGAAAAUGGGGCUGUGGGGCGAAGAAAGCUCUUUUUCACUGCCUACUUUUUGAGUUUUGUUUGUGGGCCUGUUUUCCUUGUCCUGCAAGUCUUGGUAUCUGCAUAGAGGCCUGCGCACGGCCGCGUGAGCCUGGCACCCAACUAAAUUUGUCUCCGACUAGGCCCGUCGACGUGGACGAGAGAUGCCCUUUAAUUUCUGCAGAUUCUCUGCGACUUACGUUGGGUGCAAAGUUCUCGAGUUCUGCUCUUUUCAGGACACAGAACAGAGGGAGUUGUGCUUGCAUUUUCUGGCUGUGCCUUUUGGGGGGGUGGGGGGAGAGCAAGGUGUAGGCUUCUGAAAGUGUGGUUCUAAAGGUCAAAACGCGUUUUCAAAAGUUAACUGUGCUUGAAGCUGCUUGUGACACAUUAACUCCUUGCGCAAAGCUUGGCUUCUUCGCUCGGCUCUCCCAGAUAAGGGUGCAAGGAGCUCCCAUCUCAGCUGCACACACUUGACAUUGCUUAUAUGCAACAAAAAAACUCGCUUUCCUGUCAGAUGGGAAAUGACCCCCUUUCCUUUGCCCGGCCCCAUUUGCCAUUAGGUCUCUUCCUGCUCUGGGUGGUCCUCUGGUUUCAAAAAGUCACAAAAGCCUCUGUGGGCGACGUGCUCUUCACUUCCUGCCCUUGCAACAGAGCCCAGGCUCCAGCUGUUCACCGUAGACACUACGCUCCAGAAGUAGAAAGAUUUGUGGGUUUCCUCACGCCUCUGCUGCCCUCUACUGUUGCCAGGCUCAGUCUGGGGCUUUGGGGCCUCUGAUCUGCCUGGUGAGGCAAGUUGGGAGAAGAGCCUUCCUUACCAUUUUUUCUUUUCUGCUGUGAAACUUCAUAAGCGCCUUGGGCAAAUUGGCAGAUCCAUAGCAGCUGCAGUCUUCCUGCUGUGUUGCUUUCAAAACGGAGAGUUUCAGUGUGGUGUAGUGGUUAAGAGUGGUGGACUCCUAAUCUGGGGAACUGGGUUCGCGUCUCCGCUCCUCCACAUGCAGCUGCUGGGUGACCUUGGGCCAGUCACACUUCUCUGAAGUCUCAGCCCCACUCACCUCACAGAGUGUUUGUUGUGGGGGAGGAAGGGAAAGGAGAAUGUUAGCCGCUUUGAGACUCCUUUGGGAAGUGAUAAAGCGGGAUAUCAAAUCCAAACUCUUCUUCUUCUUCUUGGCCAAAACCGCAACUUCAAGAGUUUACUUCACGCGACUUUUCUGUUUUGUGCGCACGCAGAUUUUCUCCAAGUUUGGCACCGUGCUGAAAAUCAUCACCUUCACAAAGAACAACCAGUUCCAGGCGCUGUUGCAGUAUGCAGACCCGAUGAGCGCCCAGCACGCCAAACUGGUGAGUCCUGCUUUGCGUGGUUCCUUCUGGUCUCGAAUCUGCCGCAGCACAAGGGGAAGCAUGUUGCAAGAGGCAGCUGUUCAGGAGAAGCAUGGCAAAGCAUGCCUAAACACGGGCGCUCUCACCUGUGGCUCCUGGAAGCUGUUGGCAUGCUACAGCGGCCACACCCAGGGAAAAGCAUCGACUGGCCGGCUGAACCAGAUGAGGGGAGCUGAUGGGUCUUAAACCCUUGUUGAGUUAGGGGCUUCUCCUGCAUGCUCUGGCGGAGUGAGCAGACAAGACCAAGAGUCAGUCAAGAAGGCGGUUUCUGCACAUGCUGUAGAGCAGGCACGUCUAAAAAAAGCUCAGCGUUUUUGCCCUGAACCCCUAAAAAACGGGGCUAUCCUCCUCCCUUAAAAAGCUCAACAACUUUGACCUGAACCCAAAAAAAGGGGGUAGAUGACUGCCAGUCUUUAACCCCGAGAGUAGAUCGCAGUCUCUUGGGAGUUGGCCACCCCUGCUGUAAAGGGAAGUGAGGGGCAGGUGGGGCUUGUCAACCUGGGAAGGCGGACCAUCUUCGUGGAGGAGAAUGCUGGUCUUAAACCUCUGCUGCCUUUAUGGGGUAUCUUCGGGAGAAGGAAAGGUAUGGGAGUAAACUCUACACAAAUCGGGAGUGGAGUCCCUAAGGGGGUUGGAUGGUGCCUUGUGCGCCGCCUUCAGGCUCCUUCUGCAGCCAAGCCAGUGACAAACGUCUUGCUCUGCUUUCCUUUGGACCACAUCAGCAAGGCCGAGGGGGGGGUUGUUGUCUAGGCAGCCCACUACACCUGGGGAGGUCACUAGGUGGACUCCGUUGUCUCUUGAGACGCACAGAUGUAACAGGCACAAUCUUAGACCCUGCUGCGUCUCUUCAAAGAAGAGCUCUGAAGUUUGAAUAGGCAGGCAGGCCUCGUCUCAGCCCAAUCCAGGCAUCCCGUUAAACAAGGGUUCGUGAAGCCAAGGGGUGCCCAAACUUCUUUCAAAGAGGGCCAGAUUUGAUGAAGUGAGCAUGCGUGAGGGCCAACCAAAGUUGUUGAGCUUUUUUUAGGAUUGAAGUUGCUGAUUUUUGUCCCAGGACAUGUAUUGCCACGGGAACCGGAAUUCAUCGACCACCGGAUUAGACCCCCAGAACAGGCUUUGGACAUGCCUGGUUUAGACCAUUGCGAGGUCUGAAUUGGCAGCUAAAACACACCGGAUGUUUUUAAUAGACCGCAUGCAAAUUCAGAAACUAUAAAUCACUUUUGUUUUUAGAAUCAGCGUCAUUUUACCUUAAUAGCAAACUUGGGCGGUUGUGUUUCUGCCCCAUCUGGAAGCAAACAUGGGACCGGCCGAAAAUUAAGGCAUUGUUUUCUGCAUAUGUAUAUAUGUUUGUGUGAACUGCAAGCUUACAGGGUGCUGGUGGCGGUUAAGUUACCGGUAAGAGGCCUAAAUUGCACAGGCGGGUUCAUUCCACAAGGAUCAUUCCUCAUAGGGGGACGUACUCAAGUACUGUCUUACAGAGAGUGCAAAAGCGCUCGUUGGGCAUUCGCUUUCGGUUAUUUCCCCAAGCUACACGUCCUGGACAAGUAGCGAACUUUUCAUUAAGCACCCUGGUUGGCUUGAACCUAACCCAUCCUUUUGCCUCUCUUCCUCUCGCCCCCCCCCCCCCCGGCAGUCUCUCGACGGACAAAACAUCUACAACGCCUGCUGCACACUCCGCAUCGACUUCUCCAAGCUCACCAGCCUCAACGUGAAAUACAACAACGACAAGAGCAGGGACUAUACCCGGCCAGAUCUGCCUUCUGGAGACAGCCAGCCUUCCCUCGACCAGACCAUGGCAGCUGCUUUUGGUGAGGGGCGGGUUGGGGUGUGUGAUGGGGGUGAGGAUUGGCUUCGGAAACAUGCUAUGAACUGGGAAGAGUUUUCCAAAGCUCCCCUUAGUUGUAGAUUCAGAGGCUGGGCAAGCUGCUCUCAGCUUGAGCCCUUUUCUCCCUGCCUGUCAUAGUAGCAGUAAAUGGCUGCAAGUUCCCUUUCCAUGUCUGGCUUGGAAGAAUCAAGUCCUGCUGGAUUUGUCCAGUAUCCUAAUAUCACGGUAGCCAGCAAAAUAGAUCUUAAAGGAAGCAUGACCCUUUAAUGCAAAACGUCCUUUAAUUUUUGACACUAGGGUGGGCAGAAUUCUAGGAAUACAGUCGUACCUUGGUCUUCGAACAGCUUAGUUCUCAAACGUUUUGACUCCCAAACGCCGCAGACCCGGAAGUGACUGUUCCGGUUUGCGAACUAUUUUUGAAAGCCGAAUGUCUGACGGGGCUUCCGAUUGGCUGCAGGAGUUUCCUGCAGCCAAUUGGAAGCCGCGCUUUGGUUUCCAAACGUUUUGGAAGUCGAACGGACUUCCGGAAUGGAUUCCGUUUGACUUCCAGGGUACGACUGUGAUUAAAACUCCAUGUUUGCUCAGAAAUAAGAUUGUUUGUUUAGUGAGGCAGAUGCAAAAUGUAUCUGCUUUAGCUUUGUAUAAGUAAAGUUGUGGGUACGCUCAGUGCGGGAGAGUGAGUUGCAAACUGUUGUUUCCUGUGCUACCUAAACACGUGUAGCUUAGCUUCUGCCAUCUGAGAACUAGCAAAAAAAUUAAGUGGUGAAAAGGCACCACUACUAGAUGAAAGAUCACCACAAGACAGCAAAGAAGCAACCCCUUUCUGUUCCCCCUCAUGAAGAUACCUUGAGUGUUUUACAGCAGGGGUGGCUAGCCUCUGGACCUCUUGAGACAAGGAUUGUUUUGUUGGAUCUCCAAGGAAGGCACCCAGAACUGUUGGGGGGGGCGCAGUUUCCCCCUUUAGCUUGCAUGACGCUUACAGACUGCUGCUUUGUAAGGCUGUGACAUCAUUCUUGCUGCCCCUUUCUGAUAUACGCAUCCAUACGAAAUCUAAAUAACAGGUCCCCUUGUUCCUUCUUCUUAUUUUUGUAGGUGCUCCAGGGAUCAUUUCUGCCUCUCCUUACACAGGGGCCGGCUUCCCGCCCGCUUUUGCGAUUCCUCAAGCUGCAGGUACUGCUCCUUUUUGAGGUUGCUGCCUUUUCCCAAAUGUCACUCACACGGUUCUGCCGUACAGACGCCGGCAGCUCCUUCCCCUUCACCCUUACGGCCUGUAAGAGUCCAAAAUGCAGCCAGCAGAUCAGGGGCUGAGGAGCUGAGGAAAGGAAGAGAUUACGAAGUCCUUGAGCAUAAUCUGCGUUAGGCAGACCUCGGGGUUUCGGCAUUUGAGCCCAUGGCUUUUUUUAAAAAAAAAUUAGUUGUCAUCCUUGAAGAUCCCUGCGGGACAAAUUUCCUCUUUGGUUAUUAGGGCUGGUUUCCUCUCUUUUUAAUGUCCCAACACUGAUCUCACAAAGAGGAGGAAGGUAGGAACCGCACAGAAGUAAUAAUAAUUAUAAUAUUUAUUAUUUAUACCCCGCCCAACUGGCUGAGUUUCCCUAGCCACUCUGGGCAAAUACUUAAGUGAAUACUUAAGCCCAGUGAAUACUUAAGCGAGCAUCCAAAAUGAGCAAGGAGAGAUAGCUAGAAUUACGCUCAAGGCAAAAGACUUUUGUAUAUAACUUGAAAAGCUGGGGAAGCCAGGGCAAAAUGCUGUGGCGUGGAGUGUUCCUUUUUAGGGGUGCCAGCUAGCAUUGGCCCCCCUUCCAGCAUAUUCUCCACCCCCCCCCAAAAAAACUAUAUUUGUUUCCCCAACAGAUGCUCAGCAUUCCGUAGCCAGAGGCUCCACCUAUUUCCCAAAAGUCCUUUUUGUACUACUUGCAAAAUCUGGGAGAUUUCCCCCAAGCGUGCCAACGUCCUCGUGGGUACGAUCCUGCCCGUACUCUGCUGGCCACUAAGGGUUCAGCUUUUGUACAGUAGCACAGUUGCAGCAGCAAACAGAUAUUUGGCCGAAGGAAAUUCACUUUGCACUUCACAGGGUUAUCAAGGGGAGAAUUUUGGAGGGUGGGACGGAUCACAGACCGUCCUGAGAUUUACUGCUGCUUUUGGGGUAAGGACCCUAGUAGCAGUUGGUCUAAGUGUCUAGGCAGGCCUCCCUAUAGCAGUCUUCGGUGAGAUUCUUUGUUUCUGAAGCUUGCUGCGCAUAACGGCAGUCCGGGGGGGCGGUGUCUGUGUGACGGUGCGCAUAUAUUGAUAAUGCUCGGCCCCUGUACAUGUCUCUCCCUGCCCGUGGUGUAAUCCCAUGGGAAAACGGUAGAACCAGCCCCCCCCCUUUUAUUUGUGUGCUGUGGCGUACAACAGGUAAAACGUGCCUUUCGAGCGAGGAAUUUUGACGAGUGGUAACACGCAAGGGGGCUUUUCAAACAAGCUGGUGUUCGGACGCCUGCUUUUGAAAGCCCCCCUUCUGAAAACGAAACCCUUGUAGAAUAUAUAUGUGCAUAUAUAUAUAUAUAUUUUUAAAAUGUCUGGAAUGCACACAGCUGUGGUUUGGUAUGUGCAUGAUCCGACUGAAUGAGGCACUUCCAGGCAUGUAUUGGUGGAAAGACCCCUUAGGAAUGCACCGCUUUUUGUGUGUGUCGCACCCCCCCUUUCCCCUGCUUCUCUCCCCAGUGGUGGAAUUUUUUGCUUUAGAUAAACCCGUGGAAUGUUGCCGAAUCCGGUUCGGAAACCAGACACACCUAGAGCUUGUCUGGUUGCCCCCCCCCCCAGCACCCAAGGAGAGAGAAAAAUGCCUUUCCCCACCCCCCCAACUCUUGCCAGAAGCCCGAGAGCACAAACGCAGAACUGGAGAGGCUCUGUGGCCCUUUGCGUUGAGGGAGGAUGGGGGCACCGAGACGCAAACCCCCUCUCUCCAAAGAAGCACCGUGGGUCAGCCCCACGGCGUGUCGGCCGAGGAUGCGCUGUGGACUUCCAUUCACUGGUUAAUACGCUUUAAUUUUUCCAGGCCUCUCAGUCCCCAAUGUACACGGAGCUCUUGCUCCUUUGGGUAUCCCUUCAGCAGCGGCCGCCGCAGCAGCCGCAGGGCGGAUUGCAAUUCCCGGCCUUUCCGGGGCUGGGAACUCCGUUCUGCUGGUUAGCAAUUUGAACGCCGAGGUUAGUGGAAGCCUUGUAAUAAAUCUUCUUCUGUCCAACUUUAAUAUCUCAUAUAUAUAUAUAUAUCUAUAUUAUUUACUUUUGCUUCUUCCAGUUACUUUCUGCUCUCGCCUAUCUCUCCAGUCGCUUCUCACGAAAUACUUUAACGCUGAAGCGUCACAAUGCCAAACACCUUUCCUUUCUCUGAACUGGAAUGCGAUAAAAUGAGGGGGGAAUGAACGGGCAGCCCGGUGUAAUUCUUAAGUGGGUGACUUAAAGCAAGAAGGGGGGUGAAGCUGCCUCUCCCCAGACAUUGCUGGACCCCCAGUUCCUAUUGCCAGAGGUUUCCCAUCCCUGACUUAAAAGAGACACAGGUGGAAGCCUUUAUAAACCAUUGCCCUCUUCCUUGCCUUACCAAGCGCAAAGGUUUAGCUGGUCUGCUCUCCCUCCCAACAGCGAAAAAUUCAGAAUGUGAAAUCUCCCGCUAAGCUUUUGUCUCUACUUGGGUCGACCUCACAGUAGCCCAGAUCCUCCCCUUUGGUUUCUCCCUUUGGCAUGUCAUGACUUUUUAAGAACUCUUCAGUUGGAGUGACGAUGUUGCUUCUGUCCCCUUCAUGGGUAUCUUAAUUCCUUGCCCUCCCCUCCCCUUGCCAGCUUUAGCUUCAUUUUACCUUUUGCAAGUUAUAUAUUUCCUUUGUCAUGCAUUGGUACAUUCCCACCUUUGACCGAAAUUCCUUUAAAGUUGUUGUUGGUGUUGUUGUGCCUUACUUAAUUUUUGCUCCUUAACUUUUUAAAACAUUUUUAAGUUCCAUUUUAACAUUCCCACCCCCCUUUCCCCUUUUUUGAGUUGGAACGUUUGGCUGCCUUGCAAACUGAGGCUCUCGAGGCAAACAAAAAACGAAGCCUGGUAUUUUCUGUUUAAAAAAAGGAUGCAAUUCAGCAGAGACCCACUUUGCCUUUGAAGUGGGUUUCUGUGAAAUUGCAUUCAGGUGUUAUUGCAAUGUGUUUGUGUACAUUGCUUGAGUCCCCCGGUGCUUGAAACUGACAAGGCUGUGGCCAGAAUCUUGGAUUUCUGCUUAUCUUGGUUGUUUCAGAAGCUCCAAAGCAGAGACAUGGAUGAGAGAACCACUAUAAAAUUUUAAAAAAAAACUUAAUAGGAAAAUAACCAAUCUCAAUCUGUUUUGCUAUGUCUUUUUCUGUCCACUAUAACUGCUUUUUUCAGAGCAUGAGGUGCUGCCAGCAAUUCUCGCUCCCAUGUUGGGGUUGUGCCCAAUGAAGCUCUACUCUCUCAGUGUAGACCCAUUUAAAUUUUAGUUUAUCUGUUUAACAAAAUUAGUAUUCUGCUGAACUGUAAAUAAAACAAGCUGCUUACAAAGAGUAUAAAACAUUCACUAGAAUUUUCAGUAAAAAUCAACUUUGAGAACAGGUUCAUGAAAAAGCAAACUGGAUAAAAUUCCUGCAUUGCAAGGCGGGGUGGACCAGAUGAUCCAGAGUGUCUCUUCCAACUCUACAGUUCUAUGAAAAUCGACAGCUGAAAGUAUUCUUUCCAAAGCGACACUACAGGUUAAAAUGAGCAUCAACUUAAUGUGUAAGCUUUUGCCUAAACAAAAAACCAUUUUAGGAGAUGCCCAAAAGGGAUUCAGGGAACUUGUAGUAGUGAAGGAGUUCCGGUUUCUUAACAGGUGCAAAGCGGACAUUAUCCUAGAAUUGUAGAGUUGGAAUUACGUGGCACUCGUAAACAGGCCUGCUUUUCCAAAUGGACGUGAGUUAGUCGUGCCCCAGAUUUCAGUGGGACGCGGGUGGCACUGUGGGUUAAACAACAGAGCCUAGGGCUUGCCGAUCAGAAGGUCGGCGGUUCGAAUCCCCGCAAUGAUGGGGUGAGCUCCCGUUGCUCGGUCCCUGCUCCUGUCAAUCUAGCAGUUCGAAAGCACGUCAAAGUAGAUAAACUUUGAUAAGAUAUCUUUGGGAAGGUAAACAGCGUUUCCGUGCGCUGCUCUGGUUUGCCAGAAGCGGCUUAGUCCUGCUGGCCACAUGACCCAGAAGCUGUAUGCCGGCUCCCUCGGCCAGUAAAGCGAGAUGAGCGCCGCAACCCCAGAAUCUGUCACGAUUGGACCUAAUGGUCAGGGGUCCCUUUACCUUUUUACGCAGAUUGUCACAAAAACUGGAACUAAGCCUUAGUCUUCAGCCCGAUGGGCCUUUGAGCCCUGGCAACCAGAAACCCCUCUCCUUAUUGACUAGCAAAGGAAGGCAUGGAGGGGGUGGUCUGCCUUGAGUAGCCCCCCUGAAUUGACAGACCAGAGAGAGCGCAGCGUUGAGCUCCCAGAUAGAUCCUUGAAUUCUUGAGCCUGUUGGAAACAACAUUGGCUAGGAGGAACAUGCAAGGGACUUAGCCGCAUUCUUGCUGCUUGUAGCCAAAGGGCCGUUAUAGUAUAAAUCACAGGGGGAAAAGCAGGGAGGUGGGUUAAAACAUAUCAUUAAGCAGUUAGUGGGGUUCUGCCACAGAACGUAAAAAUCAAAUGUCCAAUGAACAAUAAGCUGGUUGUUCCGCCACAAUCCACUUCCUUGAGAGAGAAACCAUUUGGGGCAUAGGGAUGCUAUGAGGCAGGAUGGAGGUAACCCUGAACAUUGCCCUCUUUUAGAGUGGAGGCGAGCAGCCUUUUUUUGGCACGGCAGGCCAGGUCUUUUAACCAUCCCCUCAACCCUGCUGGCCGACUUUCGACAGGUGGGUAGGACCACCUGGUGGCAGAAUGGCCUCAGGGCGAUCGACACCUCUACCAGAAAACUGCAUUAUACGCUAGGAGUCUGAGAGUCUUUAGGGAGAGGAGAAGGAGUUACAGAAUCUGAACGCACCUGCCCCUUUUUUGUGCCGCAGUUGUUUCCCAGGAAGCCCAUGCAAGCACAGCCGUCGGCUGUGUCGCUGCCUGCUAAACUCUGCACCUCCAAUCUCAAAACUUGGCUGCCACGUUCUCUUGAAAAGCCCCGGUAGUUUUGUCUGUCCCUUAGGCGAAUUGCUGAGCAGCUCCUCGCGCCUCUUGCGUGUAUGUUCCUUCGACGCUCCCUCAUCCAUCCAGCUUCUCUCCUUUUGGGCUAAAAACCUCGAUACUUGUAGUGAAGCUGUGAACUAACGUCUCCUCGACCUUUUUAUUUUUUCCAUUGCUUGUAUAAUCAGUGUUGUAGAAACUUAAUCUGUGCAUACUGUUUGGAGAGGCAGUGUUCUCCAGAGGGAAUCCUCCCGUUCCCCACCACCACCACCAGGACCCACCAGUAUCGAUAUGGCAGGUGGCUAGUCCGCAGACCCUUCUCCAAACCUUGAUCGGUUCCUGCGCUGGAAUUUCCCGGCUUAGCAAGUUGGCGUCGAAUCGGGGAACCUUUUUGUAAGCAGAAGGGGGGAAAGCUCAGUUGCGCUCAGGGGAAAUGCGAGCUCCACCAGGCAACUCCCUGGCUUACAAAGAAUGCUGAACUCGGGCUUUCUCUAUCAUCGCAGCCUGCCAUACUGAAGGGGUUCAGUGGGGCAGGCCUUUUGUGGCGUCCCCCAGAUGCUGUUGGUAUGAGGGUCCUUCCAUCGUCCCCAGUCAGUUUGGCCAAGUCUCCAGGGGUGGUUAGCGUUACAACCUGGCAACAUCUGGGGAAUAAUAAUAAUAAUUUAUACCCAGCCCAUCUGGCUGGGUUUCCCCAGCAACUCUGGGCAGCUUCCAACAGAAUAUUAAAACACAAUAACCUAUUAAGCAUUAAAUGCUUCCCUAAACGGGGCUGCCUUCAGAUGUCUUCUAAAAGUCUGGUAGUUGUUGUUCUCUUUGACAUCUGGUGGCAGGGCAUUCCACAGGCCGGGAGCCACCACAGAGAAGGCCCUCUGCCUGGUUCCCUGUAACCUCGCUUCUCGCAGGGAGGGAACCGCCAGAAGGCCCUCGGGAGAUGGACCCCGGUGUCCGGGGUGGAGACGCUCCUUCAGGGAUACUGGACCAAGGCCGUUUAGGGCUUUCAAGGUCAGCACCAACACUUUGAAUUGUGCUCGGAAACGUACUUGUGUCCUGGAGGCUGACCCGGACCCUUUCAAACUCCUGCCUCCCUCGUCACCCCACGUGACUGUUAUAUGUGGUCACGAUCCGGAGUUUGCCCUCUUGCCUGUGAAUCCCUCUGUUGCAAUACUGCCUCUCCCUCUUAGUUAUACCUUACUUAAGUAAAGUGCUCUUCUUUUUACUGUUGUGUUCCACUAGGUUUAAACAAAAAAAAACCACCAAAAACCAACCAACCACAACCUAUUAACUAGUUUUUCCUCUGUAAAACCGAAGUAUUGUACGUUUUUAGAAAUCUAUAAAUCUUUUACUGAUGGAACACUACAUAUUUCUUUUAUGUAUUUACUGACCUAUGUUUUUUGCUACUUUUUUUUCCUUUUCUCUCCACCCCCAUCCCUCAAUUAUUAUUAUUUUUCCCCCCCUUCUCCCCGAUCCGGAAUUUCUUUGCCAACUGACUGCACGGUACUUCUGCUUCCUGUUGUUGCUUGAAACAAAUAUAUUUUUUAUAUAUUAUUUUUUUAAUAAAACAAAUACCCCCCUCAAACCAAAACCAAACCAAAAAAAACACAAAAAAAAACCUUCCUGCUCUUCGGAAACCAACCUGCCCUUCAAUAUUAACCAUCUUGAAAACUUCAUCAUCCAUCAACCAAUUUCGCCAUUUCCUGCGGGGACUCUACCUUUCCUUCGUUGUCGACGAUUUACGCAACCUCCGCUCUCCCCUCCGAUUCCUUACCUCUUCCCUGUCUCUCCGCUGCCUUGCCUCUGCUGUUCUCUAAAGAGAGUUACACCCCAAUGCCUCUUUAUUCUUUUCGGUACGUUAUCAUUCACACUUUUUUUAUUACCUUUUUUAAAAUGUUAUUAUUUCACUUUGAGGUUUUGCUUUUCGGCGGAGGGUGGGGGUUGGGGAAGGGGCGGCGGGAGGGGUUUUGCCGCUUCGAACGGAUGCUUUUUAUUAUUUGCGUUACCCUAGCUUUAGUCCCCCCCGUUUUUAAAUCAUUUUUUUGUUUGUUUGUUUCGUACAUCAUCGUGCAUGGUUUUGAUUGCUUUGCAUGCCUGUUUCGUUGGGUCAGGAAGAGAGAGCAUGUGCAGAUCGCCCCUCCAGGCCUCCACGGGUGACUUUUUGGGGGGCACAACCCCCACCCCCAAAGAUAAAACAUGUGUUUUAUAACUCCACCUAAAGAUCGUUCCACCUUUUUUUCUGCUGCUGAGCAGAACAAAACCCAACUUUCGAGCGGGAGUGAGAGCAAUGGUGGGGGGUUUGGAAGUGCCUUGAUUGGAUUUUGGGCUAGAGGCAAGCGGAUUUCUUCCUUGAUAACCUCCUUUUUUUCACCACCGCCCCCUCUUCCCUUGCUUCCUCCCAAGGCGUGUAUGGUGAUGUGCAGAGAGUGAAGAUCUUGUUCAAUAAGAAAGAAAACGCCUUGGUUCAAAUGGCAGAUGGCAAUCAAGCCCAGCUGGGUAAAUAAUAAAAUUAUUAUUAAUUAAUUAAUCCCCUCUUCUCUGAGGGUUGGGGAAUAGUAGUGGUGCUAACAAAGGGAGCUGCCUUCUGUGUUGUAGUUUAUUAAAUUUGUAUACAGUGGUACCUUGGUCCUCGAACAGGCUUGACUCCCGAAUGCUGCAGACCCGGAAGCAAGUGUUCCGGUUUGCAAAUGUUUUUCGGAAGCCACACCUUGGUUUUCGAACAGUUUCAGGUGUGGAACGGAUUAAGUUCAAGAACCAAGGUACCACUGUCCUCCCAUUCAUCUGAAGAUCGCGGGCGCUUCACAACGUAAGAAUACAAUUGUGAAACCACCAAAUAGAUAGCAAAACAAUCGCCCCCAUCCCCUGCAACAGAUAGAUCGAAAAAGGCCAUAGAAUCAGCCAAACGUCUGGUUGAGGAGAAUCGUUUUUGCCCGGCUCCUAUAAACGCAUAAUGAAGAUUUAGGGGCCCGUGUGUAGGGUAAAAUCGCUCCAGCCAACGCAAAGGGGUUAGAUCCAGAGUUGCACUCCUGCAAUUGGAAGGGCUCCUUCCAUCCUCAGGAGGGACUGAGACGCAGCAGGGGGUUUUGCAUUUGGGAAAGUCGGGAGGCGAUUUCUGCCAUUUCCCACAGAGCCCCCAGCGCCACCUUCCCAUUGGUUAUGGGACACAGUGGAGUUUGGGUUGCAAUGAGCUAACCAUUGCUUGCAGCAGACCCACGGAGAUUAACAUUCCUAACCAGUUUUGGUCCAUUUAUCUCAGUGGGUCUGCUGUGAGUAAGAGUUACUGCAUUUUUUGCUGUAUAAGACCCACUUUUCCCCUCCUAAAAAGUAAGGGGAAAUGUGUGUGCGUCUUAUGGAGCGAAUGCAGACUGCACAGCUAUCCCAGAAGCCAGAACAGCAAGAGGCAUUGCUGCUUUCGCUGCACAGCGAUCCCUCUUGCUGUUCUGGCUUCUGAGAUUCAGAAUAUUUUUCUUCUUGUUUUCCUCCUCCAAAAACUAGGUGCGUCUUGUGGUCUGUUGCGUCUUACAGAGCAAAAAAUACAGUAGUUUGAUGCAAUCACCACCUUCUGUUCCUCUGCCCCUGGGCAUUUCCGCAAAGCCAGACUGUUGGUUUCUGUAGCUUACAAUCAGACCUGGAGUUGGGGGUGGGGUGUUUCUCCAGUGUUUCCUCUUGCCCCCCCCCAAAAAAAACCUUUCGUGGGGCACAUCUGGGUCUGCUCUGCCCUAGGAACUUAGAUACAGCCGCAUCGUUUCCUUAACACUCUCUCUUCCUCUCUCUCCAGCCAUGAGCCACCUCAAUGGUCAAAAGCUUCACGGAAAGCCCAUCCGCAUCACUCUGUCAAAGCACCAGACAGUACAAUUGCCCCGCGAAGGGCAGGAAGACCAGGGGCUGACCAAGGACUACGGCAACUCUCCCCUCCACCGUUUCAAGAAGCCAGGCUCCAAGAACUUCCAAAACAUUUUCCCCCCUUCUGCCACCCUCCAUCUCUCCAAUAUUCCGUAAGUCGUUGCUUUGGCGAUCCCUCGUAGCCGAGUAAGAUUGCCUUCCAUGAACACAGUUUUCAAAAGAGAGUCCAUAAGGGGCUGUGGAGGCCAGUUCUGGAUCCACAUGUCCUUCCACAGUGGGGACAUAGGUUUCCAGGCAGCAGUUGAUCAUGGCGAGGGUUUGCUAAGCGUGCCUUCCUCUUAGCACGUUUCUCCCUUGUGUCCUGAGUUCGAGUGUCUUCAAAGCCCAUGACACCUUUGGGAAAGGCUGUUCUCCAACUGGAGCGCUCGCAGGCCAGUGUUUCCCAGUUGUCGGUGUUUAUACUACAUUUUUAAAGAUUUGCCUUGAGAGAGUCUUUGAACCUCUUUUGUUGACCACCAGCAUUACGCUUUUCAUUUUUAAGUUUGGAAUAGAGGAGUUACUUUGGGAGACUUUCUUUGAUAUAUCAGGACCUAAUAUCUCAAUGUGAAGCAAGCAGUGAAUUUCAUGUUGAUUUUUCCAGAGGUUGUUGAAUUGGGCCCUUUGAAUGUGUGAAGCGACUCCAGAGCCUGGACCUUAACAUAAUCAUCUUCCCCUUCUGUUCCCGCAGGCCUUCGAUAAUCGAAGACGACCUCAAGCUGCUGUUUUCCAGUAACGGCGGGGUGGUGAAAGGCUUCAAAUUCUUCCAGUAAGUGUGGGUCCCUGUUGCCUUGCGGAAGCUGCUGCUGGGGAGGAAAGCGGGUAGCUAAAGGAGGCUCAGGGUCCCUGUUCACGGCUACUACUUUGCUGCAUUGGGCGGAUGAGCUCGGCAUCAGAAAUUUAAGAUGCAGGCCGGGCCUCCAGCUUCCUGGAGCCCAGGCAGAUUGCCCUCUAAGAGCAGGGCUCUGAAAUGUCUUCCCUUUUCCUGGCAUGAGGAUCUGCACUGGGCCAGUUGCCUGCGGGUCUCUAGUUACAGCGUUAUUCAGACUGCAGGCUCCUUCUUUCCCCCACACCUCAGAGGGAAGGAGCCGCAACACAGCGGCACGGAAAAUACUUUUUGAUGGGUCCCCCAUACCUGAUCACCAACAUUCCCCUAGUUCAUUGUUCCCCCGAUCUGAUUCGGGACACAUUUCAAAUUCAACCUUGGUUUUGAUCCAGAUCACAAAAGCUGAAAUGGAGUGGCUUGCCCCGUGGCGAGGCAGCCCGCUAAACGGCCAGCCUUCCCUCUCCGCUGUUUGCCGUAGGGCUGCAGAGUUGGAAAGGGACCCCCAGAGGUCAUCCAGCCCCACCCCCGGGAUUGCCAGCUCCUGUCCUCUCUCUUCCUUGGCCUUGAACUUGGAACGGGUAUCUCGCGCGUGGUCUCUCUGUGUGCUCUCCCCCCUUCUCUGACCCAGAACGCUUUUGUUUCCCCGGGCAGGAAAGACCGCAAGAUGGCUCUCAUCCAAAUGAGCUCCGUCGACGAGGCCAUCCAAUCGCUCAUCGACCUCCACAACCACGACCUGGGCGAAAACCACCACUUGCGCGUCUCCUUCUCAAAGUCCACCAUCUAGGCGGGGUUUAUCCGGAGGCGCCCGCGCGGCAGAAUAUGGACCCUGACUGAGAAACAAAACAAAACAAGCCAGCGCCAGCCCCACCCUUCCUGGUGGCCUCGACAUCCUUUUUUCCCCAAGGGCUGGGCCACCGGCAUCGGGGUGGGACAACUUCCGUCAUUCCAGAAACAAAAUAAGAAGCCACUUUAAAGAGAGAGAGAUUGAGAUUGCAGCAGAAGUGACCUUAAAAAAGACAACAGAUUUUAUUUUUUUAAAGAUGAAACAGUUUACCGGGUGUUCCUUUUUAUAAAAAGAGAAAUGCAAGUUCUUAAUUCAUGUCGCUAUAACCUUUCUUGCAGUGAGUGGGGUUGGCUAUAAUAGAUUUGACCAAGAAAAAAACAAACCAUAAACUUAGAAGUUUGCAGUUCUUGGUUAGAAGCCUCUCCGGGAGUUUCUCCCCCCUCUUAAGAAAAUAGCAAAAACCCACCCAUUCCCAGAAAGCUUACCAGCUUCGCAGCAAUGCCUUUUAUCCUCGAGUCUGACCCUUUCCUAGAAUACAUUUUUUUCCUGAACACAGAUGCCUUCCUUUGUUGGGGGGGGGGGGAGCCCUUUCCCCUAAGCCUUGCAUCAAGCAUCCUGUGCCUUAGAAGCUUUUUCUGUAAAAAUAAGGGGGGGGGGGGGGACAGCAGCCAUUGGAAAAAUUCUUAAAAGUUACGAAGAGGGGGGUGGGUGGUGGAGAAAGCCUUACCUUCCUCUAAUAUAUCUCUGCGUAAAACGUUUCUUAACUUGCAGACGGAGUUGGGUUCCCUCCAGCCCGCAAAGUUCGCAAAAUCUGGCCGAUAAUGUAUUUGUGCUUGAAUUUGGGGGGGCUUCCUUUGCCCCACCAGUCAGCAUUUCAGCGAAAAGGGGGUUCCCCUUUUCGCAUUAAGUAUUCCCCAAAGCUGCGGAAACUGUAAAUUAGUUAAACCGGAGCAGCCAGCUUCUCCAAAUCUGUGUUCAGAAUCUUAAUUUGGGGCUCAUCCUAUAAAAGGGUUGGUUUAAGAUUCCUUUGUAACCUCGAUUUCACUCUUUAACCACCAGCAUAUAUCUCCGAUCUCAAACUAUUAGUAGUUUCAGCUUCUUGUUUUAACCCCUUUCCUACUAUAAUUUUGUUCUACAAUGCAGUCUUAUCUUUGCCUAGCAAUAUUUCCAGUUGACCAAAUAUUCUAAUUAAUUCAUACGUAUAUAUCUAUAUAUGCAAAAUGCAAUAGCGUAACUUUUUUUAUAUAUAGAUGGUAUAAAUAUAUCUAAACCUGCUCUUUCUAUUACCCAUGUACUCUUGUAAUUUUUUUUUUCUUCGUAAGCUGGAAAAAAAAACCCCAACUAGCACAUAAUUUUAGUUUUAUCGAGAUGAAGUCGUUUCCGAAGAUUAACGUUGUACUUUGAAGAAGUAUUUAAAGUAGCGAAUUCCAGUUGUUUUGAGAGGAGGAAAGGACCCACAUUUAAAAGAAGUCAUCUUACUGUAAUAAUCCAAGCUUAUCUAUAUUAUUUAAAGAAAUGCAAAUUUUCUUCCUCUCCACCAAGAUAGUACCUAAAAACACAAUUCUUCUGUGACCUCCAACUUUCCCUGGUUGAUAUAUUGCCUUCUUUAUAUUCCGAUGUUGCCUUACAUUUCCCUCUCGGCUCGUGUGAGAUUUUAAGAUAACCAGAAUCUUUGUACUUAAUAUCAGGGUUAUAGUUCCUCAAAUUGUGGACCAAAGUUGUUGUUUGGUUUUUUUUUUCUCUUUCUCUUUGACGUAUGUGGUGUUGUCUCUCGAGUCGCCCACAUUCCCUGCUUCGCGGGAUCUGUUGGACGACUUGCUUUUUUCCCCUUUUGUCACUGUGGGUUUUGUAAAGGAAAGAAAAAAGUCUUAAAUCUUUUUUUUUAGAAUAAUCUAUAUAUCCAUCCCAGUAUCACGGGGAUGCAAUCUAUGCUGGAGGUGUGUAUGGAUGUCUUUUUGAGUCCGGAUUUGUCCUUGGGCCGCCCGCGUAAAGGGGGAGGGGAGAGCCUCUCAGCCGGCAGCCCUCCCUGGGCCUCGCAAUAAUGCCAUCCGCGGAAAAGAAUCUCGCGCCAGUGGCGAGGGCCGAUCCGAAGCCGUCGGGCGGCCCUCGCUUUCUCGGCUGACCCUGUGCACAUCGCCUUUUGUGCAUGUUUUCUUGGGGGAAGAGGCAGGGGGCCAUUUGAUUUGGCGGGCGGCCGUCUCCCCUGCCUGCUUGCCCCCCGAUCCAUAGCUGGCGUCGAGGGCACGGGUCGGCCUUCCCAGCAAGUCAGCGCCACUUUCCGGGUUGAGAAACGUAGCACCACCAACCCCUUCCUUCGCCCGGCUCCACAGGCAACGGGCUCCGGAGGGGGAAGCGGGGUCUGGGGUGGGGCGUCUCGUUCAGCGCGGCGUGGAGGUCCGUAGCCGCGUGCCCCCCACGCCGGUUGAUUUAGGAAGAAGGGGGCCACCGUUGGACCCCGCGGCGAGGCAGCCCCCCCCCCCCAGCAGCACCCAGCAAAAGUACCACUUUAAAUGCUAACCUUUGUUAAGAACGAUCUCGAGCGUCGUUUUAAUGUUUUAAAAAGCGUGCUUUGCGUCUUGGGGGAGCCUGCUCGGACAUCGCAACCCCUCUCCCUGCUGACGUGUUUUUUUUCUUUUUAAGAAAUAGCUUGAGAAUCUGUCAGCAAACCUUUGAGGGCUUCUAUAUCCGUGUGUGUUGAGUUGCUAUGUUUUCAGACGCACACAGGCGUAUAGCAGUUUAACUGGGUUGCAGUGGGGGGGAGAGAAGGGGGUUUCAUCUUUCCUCUUUUUCCCCUGGUUCCCCCCCCCCUUCUCCUUUUCGAUCCUGUGUUUUUUUUUGCAUGUAAAUGUGAGUAAUGAGGAAAAAAAGGUGUAAAUAUUUAUAAUUUUUUAUACCUGUUGUAAGACAUGAGGGGGCAGCAGAACCCACGUUUUUUGGUAAAACAGAUGUAUUGUAUAUUUUGAUAACCAGCUUAUUACAAGGUUCAGUAUUGGGGGCUGGGCAGGGCUUACCAUUCGUGUCAGAAAUUCCAUCGCCUGGCUCACGAGGGAAAAAAAUGUAAUGCAAAAAAAGAAAAGAAAAAAGAAAUUAAAACUAUUCUAUACUGAACGUAGUACUUUUUCUUCUGUAGCCCAUUACUUAUUUUUCUUGUUUGGAUUGUAGAAAGCAGUCGAUUGGCUUAUCUGUACUUCUUUUUAUUUUGGCUCUCAAUAAAUGUCUUCUGUAUUCUUU